UGAAUAUCGGGUUAUCGGAUUCGGUUUGAAAACCAAUUUUGGCUAGCCUAUGGGCUAUGACAUUCCUCUUCUUCUCUUCUCCUCUUCUGCUCUUCUUAUCAUCCCUCUUCUUCCUCUUCUUAUCAAUCCCCUUCAUAGAUCUUAGUUUACGCAUCUGGAUUCCUUUUAAACGGGAUCCUAGAUUGAUAUAUCCCUGAUCCGAUGUCCUUGAAUUCAAUUGCCAAUUGCCCACUUUUUGGUUGAUCCGAAUUAUAUCUGGAUUCAGCUCAUUUUACAUAAAAAGGAUUAUAUUUGGGUUCUGCUCCUUCAACAUAAAAAAAGAAAACAAUAACAAAAAUAGAAAUGGAGUCAGAUCUUGGUAAGCUUUUCAUUGGUGGGAUCUCGUGGGACACAGAUGAAAGUAAGCUGAAGGAGUAUUUUGGACAAUAUGGAGAAGUGGUGGAGGCUAUGAUCAUGAGGGAUCGUGCCACAAAUCGUGCCCGUGGAUUUGGUUUUAUUGUCUUUGCUGAUCCUGUUGUUGCUGAGAGAGUUGUGAUGGAAAAGCACAUGAUCGACGGCCGAACAGUUGAAGCAAAGAAAGCAGUCCCUAGGGAGGAUCAGCAGGGUCUGAGUAGGAACAAUAAUCUCAUCCAAGGAUCUCCUGGUCCUGGACGAACCAAAAAGAUUUUUGUAGGAGGUUUAGCGUCCACAGUUACCGAGAGUGAUUUCAAGAAGUACUUUGAGCAGUUUGGUAUCAUUACGGAUGUUGUGGUAAUGUAUGAUCAUAACACCCAAAGGCCAAGAGGGUUUGGUUUCAUUACUUACGACUCAGAAGAAGCUGUCGAUAAGGUGUUGCUGCAAACUUUCCAUCAACUCAAUGGAAAAAUGGUAGAAGUUAAGCGGGCAGUACCAAAAGAGUUAUCCCCAGGCCCGAGUCGCAGCCCCCUAGUAGGAUACAAUAAUUAUGGUAUGGGUAGGGCUAGCAACUUCAUCAAUACUUUUGCUCAAGGUUACAAUCUUAACUCUAUUGCAGGAUUUGGAAGACUAAAUCCUCUUGUCACCGGUCGAACCGGGCUUCCCCCGUUUGGUAAUCCUGGAUAUGGAAUGGGUGUGAAUAUGGAGCCAGGAUUUAGUGCUAGCUAUGGUGCAAACUCUAACAUCAGCAACAGUCAGGGUUUUGGCCGUAUUUUGGGACCUUUUUAUAAUGGCAACACAAACAGAUACAGUACUCCUGUUGGGUACAAUGCGGGUAAUACAAGAGGUGAUUCUUUGGCAAACUCAAUGGCAAGAAAUGUGUGGGGAAAUAGUUCUUUUAGCAGUCCUGCAAAUCCGGCUAGUCCUGGGGCUUUUUUGGGAUCUGGUAGUGGCAAUUCCGGUGUGUCACUCGGAAAUAAUGGAGCUAACUGGGGUUCAUCUUCUUCCACAUCCCAAGGUGGAGGUAAUAAUCCUGGAUAUGGUAGUGGAAAUCUCGGUUAUGGUUUUAAUGAUGGCUAUGGAUUGGGAAGUGAGGGUUAUGGAAGAACUCUUAGUUCGGAUUCAGUUCCAGCUUCUACUUUUUCUGCAUCCACAGGUGGUUUUGAUACACCUUAUGGAGACCUAUAUCGUGGUGGUUUUGAUUCAACAUGGCACUCUAGUUCUCCUGAGCUUGAGGGAUCUGGUUCAUUUGGUUUUGGUCUUGGCAAUGCGACUGCGGAUAUUGCUUCUAGAAAUUCUGAGGGUCCAAUUGGAGGCUACAGUGCAGCAAACAGACAACCAAAUAGAGGAAUUUCAGCAUAUAAAAGGCCAUUCGAGCAGCAGACGGUAAUUACUAGGCAGUAAGAUUGAGUUUAUACAUCCCUCAUCAAUGUAUCUCGCCAUCUCGGCUUAUAAGGAAUUUCUGCAUAUGGUAGUAACAAGGAUUUCCUCUCAGUAUACAGAAUCAGCAUUCAGCAAGGUUUGGGACUUGAAUUUUUUUUUCUUCUCCCCUUCAAGUUAGGUUCUUGGCAUUUGGUUGAGUUGUAAAAUCAGAUUGCGGGAUAUACUCAAAACGUUCAUUCAAAAUAGUUUAUCAGUGCACGAUAAGUGAGGGUGCGAGCAAUAGUAUAUCAGAUUUAGGUCAGUGUUUUUCUAUGUUUUGUUUUCUCGAUUUUCUUAUCUGAGGAUUUUUUACUUGUUUUAACUUGCUGUAACGACCAGACUAGUUAGUCGAAUUUCAUGUAUCUCGAAUUGUAUGUCCCGAGGUGUUGUUCUAUUUGAUUUAUAGUGUGAAACAAUAUAGAGGGGUACCCAUUUAGGAUUCCCAUAAAAUAAGCGUACGAUGAUACUCAAAAUCUGUUUGGGUUUGAAGAUGUGAACUUCUCUCUGUUGAAACAAAUUGAAAAAUGCAAUUGUGUAUGAUUUAAUGAAUAUCUGAUCGCCUUUCGUUUUCUACGUUCCUUCUGCAUUUGCGCGGAGAAAUGCUAUUUUCCUAGCUCUUAUAGCUACUAGCAUCUGCAUCUGCCCCUUUUCCUUACCUUAUUUGAUUCUUCGAUACAUCAGAC